CGUCAUCGAACAGUCCGGAAGCGCCCGCACGUGAAAGUCUCUGAGCCCUCUGGUUCCGCUGUCACCAGCCAUGGGUCGCUCCCGCCGGACUGGUGCGCACCGAGCGCACUCCCUGGCCCGCCAGAUGAAGGCGAAGCGGCGGCGGCCGGAUCUGGAUGAGAUUCACCGCGAGCUGCGGCCCCAGGUUCCCUCACGGCCCUGGCCAGACCCGGGUGCCCAACCCGAUCCCGACCUGCCAGGGGGCGGCCUGUAUCGCUGCCUGGCCUGCGCGAGGUACUUCAUCGAUUCCGCCAACCUGAAGACCCACUUCCGAUCCAAAGACCACAAGAAAAGGCUAAAGCAGCUGAGUGUGGAACCCUACACUCAGGAAGAGGCUGAGAGGGCAGCGGGUAUGGGCUCCUAUGUGCCCGCCCAGAGGCUGGCAGUGCCCACAGAAAUAUCCACUGAGGUCCCUGAGAUGGAUACAUCUACCUGACACGGCCUGAGGAUGCAAAGCAGAGGAACUGCCCAUGGACAGUGAUGCAGGGCUCGGAGAGACUGUGCCAACCUUUUUUGGCCCUGGGUUUGUUGAGUGGAUGGCCUCUUCUGGGCGCCCUCCCCGUCAAAUAAAGGAACUGGAUAAA